AGGUUCAUGGCAGUCUGCUAGCAGAUGUGGUGAAGUGAAUAUAUACAUUCCAGCAACAGGAUGUUACUAAAUCUGUUGCUUAUAUUAUCUUUAUUGACUUUCGAAGUUUUAGCUUCGAAAAAGUUUCUUUUAGUCGAUAAACUGAGACUGGACUUCCACGAUCUUGAAAAGGAAUUGUGGUCUAGCACUACAGAUGAUGAAACUGCGUUAGUAAGGAGGUUUUACGAAUAUGAUCAAAAAUUACAGCAGGUACCCGAAGACAUAAUCGAAAGCUUGGAACCUUUGACACAUUUACCAGCUUUUCUAAACUUGUACGCCGAAUUGAAGGCUAUUCAUUACAACUACGAAAGUUUCAGGGAAUAUCAGAAAGGUCUGCUUUCCAAACUAGAGGACCACGAGUAUAUAUCCCUUGACAGUAUAUUAUACCAUGUGAGAAAUAAAAAAAGUGGCACGAAAGUAUCGAUAGAGCGAAUUUUUGAAAUUAGUGGAAUUCUGGCAAAUGGAACUAAAAAUGAUACUUUGAUGAUACAAAUACCGGCGAUUUUGUGGAAUAGUUUUUGGUGCAAGAACUACCAACAGUCACCGCAACAGCUCAGCUAUAACCUGUACAAUGUUUUCACGUUGGCUAACCUGAAAGCUUAUGUCAUGGAACAGUUUACUUGUUUUAUUAAAAAACUAUUUCAAGAAGAUGACGCUUUGAAGCAAGCGGAAAUUUCAAGAAAAGCAUACGAAAACGAGUGA